AUGGAGUAUACGCUUCCGCCGCCGGUGACAGAGGCGCCACCAUGUUCGGUGGCGUCGCAGAUGAUGGGGGACGAAGCGGGGUUGAGUAAUUUUGUCGAGCAGGAGGAGAGUUCAAUUAUGUUUAAGGUUCUACAACAUGGCUCUUGGUCAAGGAUUGAUUUCAGGAGUGAAAAGUCAGUUGUUAAUGUAGUUGAUAGACCCCAUGUGACUUCAAGUAAUCCAUGGAUUCAGCAUUUUAGGAAAGCUAAGGAAUCCCUUUCACCCCAGGAAAACGGGACAUUAAGUACAACAACUCAACAAACAAGUUACGGUAACACAGAGGUGAUAGAUCAAAACUUUGUUGAAGAUUCUGCUAUAGAGAUAGUGACCACACCCUACAACAAAAAGAGGAAGAAUACUUCUGCAGUUUCCAAAUUAGGCAAUGGUCAGGCUGCAUCCUUUUGGCACUUGUCCUGUAAUGGAAAUGGCCGAUAA